AUGUAUUGUCCGUGUCUGAUGCUUUCCUGCUUUUGUCUGAUUUGCUUGGGGGCGAGUGGCUCAAAGGUUGUGCAAUUGCUGGACAGGAUACGGCAGGAGUCUCACUUUGAAUACCUGCUGCUGAUGAAGAACAGGAAUGCCACUGUGCCGGAUCAGGCUUGGAAUGGCAGCACACUGGCAAUGGAGCUCAUGGAUGAACUGAGGGUCCCUGUGCUGCAGCUGGAUGAGAAUGUUAUCUACUUUCUCCACAAUGGCAUCCACAGUCGACUGGUGACUGUGGUAUACUUGAGCAGUGGCAAGCUGGAGGAGCACGAUGGUUUGCUUAAGGCGUUGGUGGCCAAUCUCAAACACAUGACCACAUCGAGAGUCAUAUUUCUGAUGGAAACGGAACCGGCAAGUGAAGGACUACUCUUUGAUAUAUUUGCGCAUUGCUGGAAAAUGACGGUACUGAAUGUCCUGGUCUUAUUUGCGGAUCACGAGAAAACUCACACUUUCUACCGCUACUCGCCUUUUCCCCAUCUUCACAUAGAGGAGGGAACCUAUGACUCUCCACUGACAAUUUUUCCGAAUCGACUCCGGAACUUCCUUGGAUAUCGGAUGCCCACGAUUAUUGGGGGCACCUCGCCACGCGUUAUAGCCUAUUACAAGCGGGGCAAAGUGGUGUACGAGGGUACUGUUGGCCACUUCAUGGACGUCUUUCAGCGGAAAUACAAUUUCAGCUUCGUCCAGCCGCUUCUGCCGUCGAACCCGACUGUCUUUGCCCCAUCCAUGCAGACGGUGGCCGCUGUGCGCAACCACACCGUGGAGGUGGCCAUGUCGCUUACCUUUCCCACCAUACCGCCCUUCGGCUUCACGUACCCGUACGAGCAGAUGAACUGGUGCCUUAUGCUGCCCGUCGAGGCAGACGUCUCCACGCCGGAGUACUACACAAGAGUGUUCGAUCUGCAGGCCUUCCUGGUGACCCUGUUUACGCUGGUGGGGAUAUCCUUUCUGCUGGCCAUGACUCUGUGGCUCCAUGGGUAUCGGGUGGCUCCGUAUGACUUCCUCCUGCACGAAAGCUGUCUACGCGGAGUGCUGGGGCAGUCUUUCGUUGAGGUAAAUCGAGCUCCCACUCUUGUUCGUGGCAUCUAUCUGGAGAUCUGCGUGCUGGGUAUUCUCAUCACGUCCUGGUACAACUCCUACUUCUCCUCCUACCUGACCACGGCGCCAAAGGAGAUGCCAUAUCGCAGCUACGAUGACUUAUAUGCCUCCCGCUUGAAGGUGGUGGCCUGGAAGCCGGAAUAUGAGGAGCUGAUUGGGCGGCUCGCAGAGCUUCGGAAGUACGAGUCCAUGUUCAUGGUAGUGCCAGAAUUCAGUCGCUACAUAAGUCUGCGCGACUCCUUCAACACCAGGUACGGCUACAUGAUGCACACCACCAAGUGGAUGGUCGUCACCGAGCAGCAGAAGGUCUUCUCGAAGCCCCUGUUCCGGAUGCGUGAGGAUUUCUGCUUCUUCAAUAACAUACCGUUCGGUUUUCCCAUCAACGAGAACUCUGUGUUCCUGGAACCGAUUCUCACGCUCAUCAUGGAACUCGCCGCAACGGGCCUCACUUUGCAUUGGAUGCAGACCGCCUUCUCGGAGCUGAUCGAGGCAGGGGAACUGCACUUCCUCGACCUGAGUCCCCACAGAGAGUUCCGGGCCAUGCAGUUAAUAGAUCUGCAGUAUGUCUGGUAUGGUUUCGCCUUCAUGUCGGCGCUCUCCUCAAUCGUCUGGCUACUGGAGGUGGUCCGGCAUAGACUACGCAGACGAGGCGAGGCGCGGCGCGGCGCGGCGCGGCGGCUAGUUAAAUGA